CGCGUCCACUCGAUGAGGACAAGGUCCAAAGUCCGUUUUCAUGUUCAACUCCGAUGAAGACUUCGCCGAUGACUUCGUCUUGGAUGAUCAAACGCUGGCCAUCCUUGACAAGGAGGAAUCCAGGUUUGAGGAGUCCAAACGUGUCAGCGAGCCCGAUGCAGAGGACCUGCCACCCCCUGCGAAGCGACAAAAACUGGACACAGGUCCUCCGCAGGAUUUCAGUGUCCUCAGUCGCUCUCCUGAUGAUACCGAACAUUUACCGGACAUCACAGUGUGCAACGAUGACACGUACAGAGCUGAACUGCAACAACCCAUCCCAUUGAACCCUCGAGCUGCAUCUAACAUGAAGGCAGCUCUUACUGCACUCGAAAAGCAUCUGGCUUGUUUGCGAAAGCAAAAGAACGAGCUUCACAAAGAUAAAGUGAGGCUGCAGGAAGAGUUGCGGUACGCGCUUUCUGGUAAACUCGCCAAGGAAGGGGAAGUUGUCAUACUAAGGAAAAACAUCGAGAAGAUAGCUCAAGAUCAUGCAGCGCAAACAGUGAAGCUCAGGGCGGCCAAGGAGGAAUCGGAGGCCAAACAAAAACAGAUGCAAAAAGAAAUGAAAGAGGAAGCAGAACGUCUGAAGACAUUGUUUACUUUCAAGCAACAUGAGAUCGAGACAUCUACCCGAAAGUCUCCAUGGUCUGCGCGCUCCAAGAAAGCCCCAAUGGCACCCCCUGCGACCCCUGUACCUGUGCCUUUGCAGAUGCAAAGGUGGAAUCAGAGCGGAGCUGUGGCAGGCCCUUCGAGAGUCACGCAGGAGAGUCCCAACCGACCUCGCUUUGGCGAAAUUGUAAAUAAUGAGCGUACAAGGAAACCAGGGGUUGAAACCCGAAAUCUACCAUCUGGAUUCCAACUCUCCGCAUCCCCUACGAAGUCGCGGCUGACAGAUUUCAGGAAAGGCAGAGGCAAGGCAACUGACUCAAACCAGAGGGGUCCGUUGCAAGUGCAAGACGGUGGCCCUCCACCAGCAUCACUUCCUUUCGGAGGCACGCAGACAAAUUCAUUUCAAACGGCUCGGGAUGAUGAUUCUGGCGCGAUACCCCAAGAGGACGUGUUCAUGGCCGACUCUAACGCGGAUAUAAACUUCUAUUCGCAGGAAGAUGUUGAGAUGACUGACGGAGCUCAGGAUCCACAUAUCCAUAGCACCGUGGACGAGGAAUUUGACGAGGUGGAGCCUCACAGGUGGAUUGUGAAUUUGCAUCGGCUUGUCCUAAUGCACAUGGAACCGACUUGCAGGAUGACUACAUUUCACGCCUUGUUGGGAGUUGCGCUGCCGAUCGGACCCAAAUCAGAUGCAUAUACAUCUGCGUGUUCUCGUAUACUUGACGUCCUCGCCAAUGUACCCGCUCAAGGGCAUCAAGCUUGGGAACUCGCAGCCCAAGCGAUUUGCGGGGCUCUAACAGAAAUGGCAGAUAUGCUGGCCGCCUCUAACCAUAUAACGUCUUUAGCCGCCCUUUUUAGCCAGCUGACUCAAAUAACGUACACUCUUCCAGCACCUCAUCCAUAUCUCUUGGUGGAUAAUGUGACAGACCCCCAAGAAGACGGGGUUCCUCGCAUUCUCGCUGUGAUAUGUUCUAUUAUUCAGGACCACGUCAGUAAACUAGAAUGUCAAGAUACUGAAAAAUCAGAGCUAGGUCUACUUGCCAAGGAGUCGCUCGCACUACUGGAAGCCCUGUGUUGGAAUACUCCGAGUGACUUGGAAAAUAGGCUAGCCUUCGUACCUCGUUGCCCUUCUGUGCUAACAAUACUUCUGGAUUCCUCUCGGCCGAUGUGGUUUCUUUUUCAAAGUACACGCAUGCUUUCUCGGUUCUCAACUCGACCUGUCCUUUUCCAACCCCUUUUAUCAUUUCCUGACACUGAGGAGCAAUCACAAGACUAUACUCGGCUCCCUCAUGUCGAGCGAAUGUGCUCUCUCUUGACUGAUUCCAGUAGAACGGGUCGAUGGGAUCAAGCGACACAUCCUGACAUUUUUGCUAUGCUCUCCGAGGCUCAUCCAACUGCUCACACAAUUAUCAUCGAGUCGCAAUCCGUGAUACCCUCGAUCAUUGUUUAUUUGUACGGGCUAUCAGCACCUGUGUGGCAAGGCGACGAGGCAAUGGAGUCUGAUCCCCAGGCCGCUUCAAGAGUGAUUCAACGAAUGAACCAAACGACCUUUCUCUUGCACCAUUUGAUGUUUAAAGCUGAAGCUCCCCUUAGAUUGCGAGAACGUCUAGAGUGCGCACCACGGCACUACAACGGUCUUGUACAUCUUUUUGUUGUUACCAUGGGACGUCUCAGCUUUGCUGAUGUGCCCGAGUGGGUGCAAGAGGAGGACAAACAGGACUUGGAAAGAGUUGCCGGACUUGCAAAGGAUCUUUUGGAGUUGUUGAUGGACGCGCCAGAGAUGGAUGCUAUAUGGGCCACGUACCAAGAGGGGCCAGAUGAAGAAAUGGAGGAUGAUGAGGAAGUGGAAGCUCGACGGCUCGCCGCCAACGUGAUCUAGUGUAUUGUAUACGAUGUAAGAGGCUGCGUCAUCUUUCUGAAAUCGUUGAUGAUAUCUCCGCGCACAUAUCUGCCGAUUCGUUAGCAAU